UCAAGAUGGCGGCUGCUCCUGAUGAACGCUUUGAUGGCAUGUUACUUCACAUGGCCCAGCAAUGUGAAGGUGGCGUACAAGAGUUAUUAGACAAUAUAUUUUCAUUUUUAAGAAGAAAGACUGAUUUUUAUGUUGGUGGUGAUCAAGGAGCUGCUGAAAAGUUAAUUAUAGAAAAAUUUAAAGACCAUCAAAAACUUGCUCGAGAUGAACAGAAAAAGAGGAAAGAUGAAGCAAUGGCAGCACAGAAGGCAAAGGAGGAGAGAGCUGCAAGAAUAGCAGAGAAGAAGAAAAAAGAGGAAGAAGAUGAGCCCAAAAUAAAGGAAAUAACAGAUGAAGAGGCUGAAGAAUUACAGAAAAAAAUAGAUGAGGGCAAAUCAAAUGUUGCAGUGAGUGAAAAUAACGAUGUAGCAACAAGCGCUGAAGAGAAAGUUGAACAGAAGAAAGAGGAUAAAAAGGAUGGAUCUGACUCUGAUGACGAGGCAGAUAAAGGUAAACUCAAACCAAAUGCAGGAAAUGGAGCUGAUCUACCUAAUUAUAAAUGGGUUCAAACACUGGAUGAAUUAGAGCUCCAUGUUCCCUUUAAAGUGACAUUUCCAGUGAAACCACGUGAUAUUAUUGUUGAUAUGAGUAGAAAGCAUUUGAAGAUUGGAUUAAAAGGACACCCUGCUAUCAUUGAUGGAGAGACAUUUAAUGAGAUUAAAGUAGAGGAAUGUUGUUGGGUUAUUGAAGAUAAGAAGGAGUUGGUACUUACUAUAGAAAAGGUAAACAAGAUGGAAUGGUGGAAUAAACUUGUAACAACUGAUCCGGAGAUAAAUACAAAGAAAGUACAACCAGAGAACUCUAAGUUAUCAGAUUUAGACGGCGAGACAAGGGGUAUGGUUGAAAAGAUGAUGUAUGAUCAGAGACAAAAAGAAAUGGGUUUGCCGACAUCAGAUGAGCAGAAAAAACAAGACGUUCUUCAAAAUUUCAUGAAACAACAUCCUGAGAUGGAUUUCUCAAAGGCCAAGUUUUCAUGAAGUCUGUCCGUCCAGCAUGUCAAGUCUCUUUCAACAGAUAUCAAACAAAAACAUUAGUAAGCUGAUAAAAAGAAAUGAAUACACGACUUGUCAAAAUAAGGAUUACUAAGUUGUAUAUAAUAUGGUUAAUAGGCAGUACUUGUUUCUGAAAAUCUUGAAUAAAAUAAAAUAAAAUUUUAUAUCGCUUUAAAUGUCAACUAUAGUUAAAGGGCGGUGGUCGUCCCGCUGCACAUGUGCUACAUUUGUGUUGAUAAACAUUGAUUUUCCCAUAAUCCAAUGCACUCUUCUUAUGGAAAUCACAAGUAUGAGGUUUGACCAAGGGGCGACUUGCACUAAUUACCACCGGUGACUCCUUCGAUACUUUCCAAUCACCUAAAAAAUACCUAAUUAAAGCUUGGUAACAUCUCAGUUUGUACUCGUUGAUCUGCGCAACAGUCAAAGUCCCCAUCUUUAUUUAUAUGAGACCCAUAUAUCUCGUGCAUGCCUGGCGCGACGACUACUGCCCUGUAACAGCAUAACCGGUGACAGUACGGGACAACGUCAAAAGAUCGAUGUCUGAUAAAAAACUUAAUUCCUUUAGUUUUUUUCCAAACCCCCCUACCCCCCACUGAAACUUAAUUGAUAAAUAUUGGUCAUGGCGUCAGACUACAUUCGCCAUUAAAUACAAAUUGAUAAUCAGACAGUAGUAUUGCAUAGCAGUUGGUUUUCGGGUGGGUGUAAAAAGAUUUUACAAAUGCACCUCAUUUGACGCACAAAUUUACACUCGAACCAAACCAUUUUUCUGUGUUUUUUUCCCUUUUCGGAUUUGAUGGAGUUUGGAGAAAACAUGUUUUUCUGUUCAACUGCGAGAUCUGCCGAUUUGAUUUUGAACUCUAAUUUCUUUACUUCAUAGCUCACAUCAAAAAGCCGACAUAUUGCGUUUGGAUACCCAUAAUUGACCACAAGCAAAUGUAUACAGCACAUUAAGCAUAGAAAUAUCCCCCAAAAUACAACCUUUGUUUGUCCUGUUUUUAAGUUCGCAGUGAACGGUAAAUGGUCUAUUGUUAUUAAUGUUGUUUUAAGUAGUAAUUAAUGGGACAAUAAAUCUCAGCCAUGCAUUGUUUAUGUAUUUUGCGUCUAUCAUGUUCUGCUAGUAGGAUUACUUUGUAGUGAAUAAAGUCUUGUCCUUUUUCUAACCAAA